AUGGUACUCUUCGCAGUCAUAAUCAAGACUCCAGUUGAAGUUCGGUUUGAGAAGAACUUGUUUAUCAUAUCAGCUACUUACUCGUUACUUAUGAAUGUCAUACUGGUAAGUUUUUUAUUGCUUUUAACUUUUGUUUUUAAAAUUUUUUUUAAUUUAAAAUUUUUUUUUCUGUUUAAUAUUUGUUUUUAAAAACUUUUUUUUUAAAUUUUUUUUUAUUUUCAGUUUGUACUACAACCCGUCUACUACGGUAAAUACUACGGUGGGUACAGUGCGGGCUUAGUCUCUGGCAAUAAACCACUAACCAAGUUCUUAAGUUCCGUCUUCGGUGGACUGUUCGUCUACUUCUGUAUCUCAUUCUCCAUUGGCUUCUCUUACCAAUCCUACAAACUCAAGGUAUAUGUUGGUGAUGUCAAGAAGAGUUUCUUCAACGUGCUGGAACGGAACAACAACUGGUUGAUAUUCACUGCCAUUGUCUUUACGACUCUUGUGUUCUCCAACUUUGUCAUGACAUAUACAUUGUGGGAUUUGUACAAAGUCGACCCAAGUACCUCAGAAACGUUGAUGAGUGUGAAGGAAGCACAUCCUGACAUUGUUUUUGUGGAUCUGAGUACGGAGCUCUAUCCUCGGUCGAUUAUAAUGUCAGUGUUAGGUAUUGGGUUCCUGGCUAUACUACACGCUUUUCGGUGCAAUAUUGAGGUAGGUGCUAAGUAAACUAUUUUUAGUAAACUUGGCGUUUGGUAUAGUAGGCUUGGUUUUAUGUUUAAUUGAUUACUGUUUCACCCAUAACCUUAUGCUAACAUACUAUGCUUUUCAGAUCCUCAAGACCAUCCACAGUACCAAAUCGAUAGUAAGCAUGAAGACCUUCCGACUUCAAUGCAGUUUCUACCGUCAUUAUGCUGUAGAAUCCGUACUAGCCAUUCUACUCAUGCACAUUCCAGUAGUACUGUAUGCUCUGACCUUUCUCGACUAUAUCCACAUUGAAUGCAUCUCUGAAGUGUGCGGUAUAGCAAUGGCAUUACACUCCAAUCUUAUCAUGUGUGGAUCUUUGGCUUGUGUCACACCGUACCGCCGAUGGAUAUUGUCUAUGGUUGGGGUACGAGAAGUCAGUAGGACAGAACACAGUCGAGUGGUCAGUAUGGGUGCAGAGACACAGAAGAAGAUUGCCGAAAUCAAAGAAGAAAUGGCAUCUUGA